AUGCAAAAAAAGGCAUUCAUUGCAGAUAACUGUAAGAAGAGAGGGAGACAAACGUACAGUCGUCAACAAACGUUGGAACUUGAAAAGGAAUUUCACUACAACAAAUAUUUAACCCGACGACGGCGUAUUGAAUUAAAUCGAAUGCUUGGUCUCACUGAACGACAGAUCAAAAUUUGGUUUCAAAAUCGACGGAUGAAAAAGAAAAAAGAGGAUAAAGCAAGGGAAGAGCACAGGAAUAUUCAUUGUUUCGAAAAUUAA